AUGUUGUUCACCACAUUGACUGUGUCAGCACUUGGCCUCGCCUCUGUAGCUUUUGCUGCCCCACAUCUUCAUUCAAGAAAAGAAGUCUCAGCCAGAACACCGGCUACUGAUUCAUUAAGUUCUCGUGGUAUUACUUGGAAGCCAUCAAAGAGAAGUGGAAACAACAACUUGUUCAACUACAACUCUUUCGGUCGCGAUGACGUCUCCAACAAUGAUUUCUUUUCUUUCCAACAAGAAACUAUCAUUGUCAUCACCGAACAGCAAGGCCGAAACAGGGAUGAUGACAGAAGGAGGGAUGACGAAGAUUUUGCUAUUCUCAUCCAACAGCAGCUCUUCCUUCUCCAGUCUCAAAACUAUGUCUUUGACAACAUCCGAAGAAAUCACUUCAACAGCAGAAACAACAAUGUGAACACUGUCAUUAUAAUCGUGCAAGAAGUUAAUGACAACCGCAGAGGUGACAACCGAAGACGUUACUACACACGUCAAAUUGAAAGCAACCGCAACCGUGAUGAGCAAGUCGUCGUUAUCAUCCAAGAGCAAACCGUUCUCGUCAUCAACGGCGACUUGGGAAUAUCCGGUUCCCCAACCGCUUCCGGCUUCGCUCCACAAUCCACCGGCAUCUCUGGACAAUUCCAGGAAGGAAUUUACGACCCAAAUGCUCAAUCCUUCGGCGGCUUCAACCCAAACAUCAACCUUCUCCCAUUUGAUGUUGAGCAACCCCAAUUCGGCUUCGGAAACCAAGGUGCAGACCCAGCAUUAGUCGCCUUUGAGAGCCAGGAGAUCAUCAUCGCUUUCCAACAGGAAGAUCAACGAUCAAGAGAUGAUAACAUUCAGACUGUCAUUGCCAUCAAGACUGAAACUGUCGUCGUUUCCAACAUCAUCUGA